AUGGCUUCACCUCUAACACAACCUGGCGCCGAGCCAGCAGCAAAGACAGAGGCUCGCAACCAAACCAACGGGAAGAGGCCGUUCAAAGGAGGGCAUGAUGGACCAAGGGGAUGGGGAGGGAGCUCAAAAAAGAGAAUGCCCAAAAAGCAAAAGCCUGCCAAGGAGGGUUCGCAUGAGGAGGUCCUGAACCUCGACAUUGAAGCCUUGAUGGAGGAGAUGAAGCUGGCGGACAGCAGUUCUGCUCCCGAAUCGGAGGCUGGGCCUGAGACACUGCCACAAGAAGGAUCAGAGAUCGAGGUCGAAGUACUCAAGCUCUCGUCCACAGGCGAUGGCUUAGCAAGACAGCCAGGCUCAAAACGAAUUUACGUCGUGCCCUUUGCAAUACCCGGCGACACGGUCAAGGUAAAAGCUUACCGCCACCUACCUAAGGGAAACCACUCCGUUGCAGACUUCAUAUCUGUCGUGAAGCCAUCACCGCUCCGCGACGACAGCAGGAUACAGUGCAAGUACUUUACCAAAUGUGGCGGGUGUCAGUUCCAGAUGAUGGACUACGCAGAUCAGCUCAAGCACAAGAGGACCAUUGUUGAGCGCGCCUUCAAGAACUUCUCAGAUCUACCGCCAGAGCUGGUUCCCACCGUCCAAGACACCUUCGGCAGCCCGCUGCAGUACGGCUACAGGACGAAGCUGACGCCACAUUUCGACGGCCCGCCGGGCUUCGCGGGCAAAAGGCGCGGCGGCGCGAAAGAGAAGAAGGUGCUGCAGGAGAUGCCCGACAUCGGGUUCAUGCUCAAGGGCGGGCCGCGGCGCGUGCUUGACAUCGAGGACUGCCCGAUCGGGACGGACGCGGUGCGGCGGAAGAUGGGCCGCGAACGCGAGCGCAUGAGGGCCGAGUACAGCAACUACGAGCGCGGCGCGACCAUCCUGCUGCGCGAGAACACGACGCGUGUGGCCAAGGGCGACCCACUGCCUAACCCGCUGCCCCAGGACGCCGUGGUCGUUGAGCAGGACAGCCACACGGACAUCAAGACGUGCAUCACAGACAACAACGCCACGUCGACCGAGUACAUCGGCGACUUCACCUUCACCAACCGCGCGGGCGACUUCUUCCAGAACAACAACUCCAUCCUCAAGCCCUUCACCGAUCACAUCCGGGAGCACAUCCUACCUCCCGACUCCUCCUCCUCCACCCAGAAGCCCAUAAAGACCCUGAUUGACGCGUACUCAGGCUCAGGCCUCUUCACCAUCACGCUGUCUAAACUGUUCCCGGGCGGCAGUAUCGGCAUCGACAUCGCGGAUAAGUCGAUCGCGUUCGCGCGCGCCAACGCGGCGCUCAACGGGCUCGCCGAGGGCCGUCAGUGCACCUUCAUCGCGGCCGACGCGCCGCGCCUGUUCGAGUCGGUCGCCCAGUUCGACCCGGAUGAGACCGCCGUCGUGCUGGACCCGCCGCGCAAGGGCUGCGACGAGAGCUUCCUGCGCCAGCUGCUGGUGUUCGCGCCGCGGCGAAUCGUGUAUGUCAGCUGUAAUGUCCACACGCAGGCGAGGGAUGUCGGGGUGCUGGUUAGGGGCGAGGUGAGUGGUUUCAUGGCGGGUGGCGGUGGUGAGAAGGUCGAGGGUGAGGUCGGGGACAAUGGAGAGGCGAAGAAGAAGACGAGGUAUGAGAUUGAGAGUCUGAGGGGGUUCGACUUCUUCCCUCAGACGGGUCAUGUCGAGGGCGUGGCGAUUCUGAACAGGGUCGAUAGCUGA